AUGGCAUUUUGGUUAGCCAUGUUAGAUUACGACAUCGGGGAUAGCGAGUACAGCAACGGAAUCAUCAGCGCAUUAGCGGUAUUAGCCAUCGACGAACGGAACAAGGGAUGGAAGCCAGCCACGUUAUACACGCCCAUAUUGUCCGCCAUGAUCACUAUUUCGCGAUCGAUGGUCGUUUAUAAGGCAUACGACAAUCGAAAUGCCAUAGUGAAACGAAUGAUGAGAGCAGAGUUGAUAAGCGAAGCCUAA